AUGGCCUCUGUCUUGGAGCUUGCCUGCAUCUACUCAGCCCUCAUCCUGCAUGACAAUGAGAUGAUGGUCACGGCUUUGGCCAAUCUCAACAUCGAGAGCCUCAUCUGCAAUGUGGCAGCUGGUGAACCUGCCCCAGCAGCUAAUCCUCUACCAGUAGGAGGUCUUGCCCCCUUUACCACUGCUGCCCCAGCUGAGGAGAAGAAAGUAGAAGCAAAGAAAGAAGAAUCUGAAGAGUCUGAUGGUAACAUGAGCUUUGGUCUUUUCGACUAA